UGAGGAGGCUGGGGCCAGAGGAGCGCUGGGGCCCGGGGGCCUGUGCCUGGGCCCGCCUGGGAGGACGACUUGGUGGGAGGAAGCAGGAACUCCCUGUGGCCACAGGAGCUGGGCUCACCGGCCUCUGCCUCGAGUCCAUCCAGCCCGGGGCCUCCUGCAGGUUCAGGGUCACGGUGGGGUCCUCGGAGGACACCCCUGUCCCUGGGGGGCUCCCUGCUCCUGUUCACUCACUCAGUCCCCGUCACGCUUCCCACUUACCUGUUGCCCUUCUCACCCACUUGGCUGACCUCACUGCCCCGACCAGGCCCCGCCCAGAAUCCCUGGGCCUGGUGCCAGGUGGGGUCACCGGCCUCACCUGGGGGUGGGGCUUUCCCCCCCCCUUUCCUUGGACUCCUGUUUCCUUUUCCUCGUUCCCUCUGGCUUCUCCUUUUCUUCUCCUGCCCUCUCCCCCUCCUCCCCUCACUUCCCAGCGGCACAGUGUAUGGUUGAGCAGGUUGUGCACUGCACAAGGGCUCCCAACUGAAAUCACCUUUUCCUUCCAUUCCCACCCUGCGCCCUGAGGAAGGCACCUUGUGGAUCUCGGUGGCCCCAGUUGGUCCUCUCUGCACCUCUGCCUCCUUCUCCCUGUGCCUUCCCCCUGCCUUUUCCUCCCCUGAGCCUGCCAUCCCCGGGAAACCCCCUCGACCCACAGACUCAGGUGUUGAGGCAAGAAGGUCCCUGAGAUGCCAGGUCAGAGCACCCUGCCCCCGGCACGCCCUGCACCGGUCCACGCGUCCCGUCCCAGGGGCUGACGUCCAGCAGCCACAGCUGGGCAGGCGGGGGUGGGGGGGAGCAGUGUGCAUGCUGGGGGCAGUCCAGCCCUGCCAGGCCGAGGGAGGGGGUGCCCUGCCCUGGGCCAGGCACAGCUCCCAACACUGGAAACAGGUGGGACCGGCACAGACAGUCCCUGACCCCAAGGAGCUCGUAUGACCUUUGGGGGGGCCUCCCAGCCCGAGGGGCGUCUGUCCUGUUAGGGGGUGUAGUGUGGCUUCAAUUGUGUCCCCCCUAAAGAUCUGUCCACAUCCUGACCCCUCCCUACCUGUGAACCUGCCCUUAUUUGGGAAAAGGGCCUUUGCUUUCGGAUGAGGGUUUCAGGGACUGAGGGACGAGGUCGUCCUGGAUCAGGGUGGACCCUAAUCCAAGGACCCGUGUCCUCGUAAGACAGAGAACAAAACAGAGAGGCACGGGAGAGGCCACGUGAAGAUCCAGGGUAUGACAGGCGGCAGAGGUUGGAGCGACGGAGGUUGUGCAGGAGGAAGGCAAAGAUGACGGUCACCCGUCCUUGACCAUUUGAGAUAAAAACAGAACCAACCUGGAUGUCCGCCCGCCCACAGGGGAGGUGCAGGACUACCCAGGCCGUGAAUCAGGCCCCCUGUCCCCGGGUGCCAGAGCCCCGGGUACAUGGGACAAGUGGGAUCAGAGCCGAGAGUUGCUGGGGGCUCGGACCGAAACGCUCUCACAGGAGGCGGGGGCGAACCCAGCCAGGGCAGGACCACGCGUGGCUCUGUGCGCAGGUGCUCCAGAUGGGUGGGGUCCCGGGGGGAGGACAACAGGAUGGGACCUCACGGGGGCUCCACGCGUGUCUGUGACGUGAUGCACAGAGGGGUGGGGGACCCGCGGGGACAGGAGGAGGAAGUGCCUGUGGCUGGGCACUUCCCAAGGAGGAAUCAGUGCCCGGAUUUUCCCCAGGUGUGGCCAAAGGUAUAAAGAGCCGGGGCCGCCAGGUCCCUCGCCAGGUGCACUACUGGGACAGCCGCUAGGCGUGCAGGCUGCUGCGAGCCCACGAUGCUCCUCCCCAGCCUCUUGCUUCUGACCUGGUUGCUCACCAGCCUGGCCCACCAUGACCCCCCGCUCUGGGGGACGCCCCACUCUCACGGGGCCCCCCGCUGCUACUCGGCUGAGGAACUGCCCCUUGGCCAGCCACCCCCACACCUGCUGGCUCGAGCUGCCAAGUGGGAGCAGGCCUUGCCCGUGGCCCUGGUGUCCAGCCUGGAGGCGGCCGGCCACAGACGGCAACCUGAGGGGCGCCCGGCUGAGCCCCAGUGCCCGGUGCUGCGGCCGGAGGAGGUGUUGGAGGCGGACACCCACCAGCGCUCCAUCUCGCCCUGGCGAUACCGCGUGGACACGGACGAGGACCGCUACCCGCAGAAGCUGGCCUUCGCCGAGUGCCUGUGCCGCGGCUGCAUCGACGCCAGGACGGGCCGCGAGACGGCCGCGCUCAACUCGGUGCGGCUGCGCCAGAGCCUGCUGGUGCUGCGCCGCCGGCCCUGCUCCCGCGCCGGCGCGCCCACGCCCGGGGCCUUCGCCUUCCACGCCGAGUUCAUCCGCGUGCCCGUCGGCUGCACCUGCGUGCUGCCCCGCUCGGCGCGGUGACCGCGGGGCCUAGGGCCUCCCGGACCGAGCGCCGCCUAUUUAUGUGUAUUUAUUGCUAUUUAUGCCCCGCAGCCGCCCUGGGGCUCGGACCAGGCCCUCGAGCUCCCUCUGUCCAGCCUCCCCCGGAGGAAAAAGUGCCCCGUCUAUUUUAUUAAACUAAUAUUUAUUUUAAAUGUAAACGUGUCUCGGAACUGAUAAACACGUCCCUCGCCACUGGCGCGACUCCAGCAUGUCCUUCCAGAAAGGUCUGUGGUGGGCCAGCGGGUGCCCCAGGGUGGCGCGCGCUUCCCUACGGAGGGGAGCCCGGGUGUGCGCGGCGCUGUUUCCACUGCGGCCCCUGGAGGUGGCUCCAGACCGGGGCUCGGACAGGGCUCGGCGCCCGACAUCCAGGGGAGGACCCCGGGACCGGAGGAGGGUCAGCGUGAGCCCCCGGGGGUCUUGGGUAUCUGGCCCAACCGCCACGGCGAGUCGCCCUCCUCAGAGGGAGCGCUACCCACGCCCCCACCCCGGCGGGCAGGUC